AUGGACCAAUUAGAUGCUAAAAUAACCCAAUACAUAUAUGCUAUCACAAAGCUUCAAGCAUAUAUUACCAGUUUAAGACGGUUGUCGGUAUCUUUGAAAGAAUCAACUUCUAAAAACUUGCCCUUAAUACAAUACAUUGUGUUACUUUCGGGUAAUGUCUUUUCAAUAAAUGAUUCUUUAUUCAACCCUCGUCUAGAAUCAUUGUCCAAUUUUAAAUUAUUUAAACAUACCCCAUUAACUAUAUCUUCAAUCGUAUCUCAUAUUCCUUAUGAUACUCCAGACCAACAAAUCACUUCUCUUGCAGAAUUGCCAGACAUAGACCGAUCCAUUAAAUGUAUUAAGUUGCUAGAGGCAGUCUCCUUCAAUUGUCUCCAAGCAUAUCAAAAGAGACUUCAACAGGCAAAAGUUGAAAGAUCUCAAUCCGUCGAAAAUAUAUCAACUCAUAUAAAAACUAUUGAGGACAUUAUUAAACAAGUAUUUGAUUCUGAAAAUGACCUUGAUAUUUCCUUGACCGAUAAACAUACUUUACUCAAUUUACCUCUGAAUCCAGCUCUUUUACACAAUGAAGAUUUCAUUGAAGCAACUUUGAUAGAUAUGGAUGUUAGAAUGAUGUUCUCCGUUUGUACUUCCUUUGCCACAACCUUAAAUCGAUUGAAGUCUCAACAUAUCAAUACAUUCCAACAAUUGAAAAAGGAUCCUUCGCAAUUGGGGGUCGAUGUUUCUUAUCCACCUCAAUAUUCUCUUCAUUUGAUCGCAGCCUUGGCAAUUAGAACAAAUGAACUCUAUACAAUUUUCAGGAAAAUUGGCCGUAAAAUUUACUUUUCAAAUUAUCAACAUUUAUAUGAUCAGAAAUUAUUGUUUCAACUGAAGAAUCCAAACUAUUUUAAACUUCAUCUUCUUAAAGAUAUGGAUGAAACUUUCAAUUCUACUAAAAAAAAUGGAACUUUGAUUGCUACUCUUACGAGGUUUUUCCGUAAAGGAGCCACAUAUGAAUCCAAUGCGAAGACUGCCUUGGACUUUAUUAACUUUGUGAAUCAAGGUCAUAUGAUGUUAACUGGGUUAUUAGGAAAGUUUGAAGAAUUUGGGUAUAAUUGGUUAGCCAUUGAAUUAAGAUUUAGAAAAGUUUAUGGUUUACCGAAAAAGAUAUUAAGUGACGUUUAUAUUGAAGUUAAUGGUACAAACAAACAGCCUUCAACUACAGCAGCGCCAACUCAGAUGGGUGGUAAUGGUAGCAACGUUUCCCUGUUGGAGUCGUUAGCAAGAGAAGGUGAAUCUACCGCUACAGAAAAGGAAAGGAGAUUAAUUGCACAAGCUCAGAUAGAAUCUGAUGCGGUCGAAACUAACUCAGACAAGCCCAUUAUAGAUUCCUUGGAUAAACUAAAAAUCGAUACUUCUUCAAGAACAUCAUCCCUUUCAUCAAUUUCAAGUACAAACAGUACCACGGUAAUGAGAAGAUCAUCUUCUCGAAGAAACUCAUUGUUAUCUCCUCAAUCCACCAAUGGAAAUGGGAGUUCAGGCUCAAAUGCUGUAGCAAAUGGAAAUGGAUCAGCCAGCUCGCCCUUGUCCAAUAGAAGUGCGGGAACUUUAAGUAGACCUGCUUCGAUGGUGUUCCUUAACCCCAACAAUUCACUUUCUUCCCUCCAACCACCAAAGCAUCUGGAUCCUACUGGUGGUCGUCGUAGAUCGAAUUCGCAACCAAUCCGUCCUCUGGGUGGUGCUCCAGAUGCUGCUCUGGCGGGCGCAGCAUCGGCACUUUCAAGAAACUCGUCAAUCAAUUCUACUUCAUCUCUCAGAUCUCCAAGUGGGUCUAUCAAACGUUCAACUUCAUUAAGAGCGUCUCCUUCACCAAAGGUUAAUUCGACUGUUCCGUUGAUAUCUGUAGAGGAGGAACAAUUGCAACAACAGCCACAACUUACUGCAAAUCAAAGAUUACAAUUGCAUUUAAAAAUGGCUGCGAAGCAAGGUUCUUUGAUGACUCAACAGAAGGAGACCUUUACGUCGGUUGUCUUCGAUCCGAACAGUCCUUCUUCGGUCAACUUGAGACGUUCAUCAGCUCCACUGGCUCCAGUUGUUCCUGUGGAACCUAUCCAGUCUCCUUCUCCUGUUGACUCAGCCGCGGCCACGCCAGCUGCUGCCGCUGCUCUCACAGUACCACCCUCUGACGCUAGGGAAAACUCACCUUCCAAACCUCCUCCUCCUCAAACACGGGCUCAAGUUACUAGAUUGAAUACCAAGAGAAAUAGUGUUCACCUUUCAAUGCCCCCUGCUGCUAAUGAUAGUAUAUCAUCUGGGUCUUCUGCCUCAUCCAAUGAAUCAGCAUCUGGGUUCACUUCGGCCUCUGCAUCCAUAGACGCGCCAUCUUCUCCGGUCAAACGAGUUAGAUUUACUGGUGUACCGCAAUACACAGAGGCUGAAGAUGCACCUACGUCAUAUUCAAGUAGAAUUCUCAAAAACUUUGCAGUGUUUAAAACACCAAGCCCGUCAAAGAAGCCUGGAUUUAAAAACAAAGAUCAAAUUCUCAAGAAAGAAGAAAGUAUUUCAUUUCGUACACAACUUCGAACUGAAGCAAAUGGAGGGUUUGUACUUCCACCAUCGAAUGCAAACCCUAUUGGAAACGCUGCUCCUAGAGGACUUGGGAAACUCAAGAAGUUAUUAUAA